AUCGUGCAAAACAAGUACGUCGACGCUCUCAGCAACUAUCAGACUACACACUGUCCAGAUGUCUAAUCUGACUUCAACAUGACAACAAGCCAGUAUCUACCGCAUGGAGUCAUCGCAGAGAGAAUCGAGAGCUGCGUGACCAAGUUUGAGUCCACGAUAAAAAGACAUCAGGACAAAAGCCAGCAAAGCUGUGUCACUAGCCUGAAGAACGAGCAGUUUCGCUUCAAAGCAUGGGUAUCGCAGGCGGCCACGGACAUGCCUGCUGACCAGAAUGGCCAGGCCUACAGUUUAAGAGACACGCAGGGCCUUCGAGAUCAACUUCUGUCCUUGCUACAGAAACUCGCGGACAGUCUGGAUCAAGCUUAUGAUGCAGCCGAAGUUGACAAUGACCAAGUAUCAGCGGCAGCGGGCGAUAAAGAUGAUGAAGAUGACAUCUCACUCGACUUUGAAUAUGAUCCGGCGCCGAAUGACCUCGGAUCCAACCAAACACGCCAUAUUGGCGACGUAGUCGAUCAGCUUUACCGUCUGAACUUGGCACUGCGGAAGCCCGCUGGCACCGACUAUCUGAAGUCUACCGAAGCUUCCGCUGCGUUUGAAUAUCUGCAUUUUGAUGAGGAGCACGUUCGUCAAGACUUUCCGAGCGCUCCAGCGUUCUUGAUCAAGCGACUGGCGGAGUGCAUUUCUCGCCGCAGGCAGCUCCUCCGGCAUUGGCAGAACAAUGAACCCAGCCACGAUCAUCGCACUAGCGACGGCCCAGACUCUUCUGUCGAGGACGAUGAGUCUGACUUUAUGGGUUUAGGCCCGUCGUCCGAGGUCGCCCAGACCGAGGCAUCUGCAGUAACUAUUAGCACUCUGUGGCGCUCUGCAGCUAGCAUUUCUAGCAGACCACGCGUAGACUCGGCUCCGGUAUUUUCGCUGAAGGUGCCACCAAUUCCACAGCAGCAAGGGCAAGAUCGCUUGAGAUGUCCUAUCUGCUCUUGCAACGUGUCUGUCACGACUGAAAAACAAUGGCGAACUCAUGUCUUCCACGAUCUGCAACCAUACGCAUGUACCUACGAACUAUGUACAAGUCCGCAUCGAGCCUACUCGAGCCCUCGCGAAUGGCAGCAACACCUGAUUUCAUCGCAUCCGAUCAGUUGGCGAUGUCCUUUCGACUGUGACUGCGUUUUCACUGCUGUACAAGACCUCGAACACCAUAUUGUGGAACAUCACAAAGUCACGAACGACAUCUUGACACUAAAGACAAUCUCCGACGCAUGUGCAACUCCGCAAGAAGCGGCGUCGAGCCCCAGAUGCCCACUUUGCCAGUGCAUCUGCCCAUCUCAGCGACACUGGUUCAAGCACGUUCAAGCGCAUCAGCGGCAGCUUGCAUUGUUUUCUUUACCGCAGCAUCUGCUUGUGGCUGCAUCUGAUGACGAGUCUGACAGCACAGGAAUCGAGGAGACGAGAAGGACCCAUCCCAGGAUACACUUCGUCGAUCCUGGGGACAUGGGCAUACGAAACACCAAACACAUUCUUGCAGGGGAAGCUCCAGAACUUUCGUCGAAUGACAUGGGGACCGAGGACUCUUUGACGAAGGCGAUGGAAGAGCUUCAGACAACGCUUCACGACGACCUCAAAGCCGGCAAAGUGCUUGAUGCAAUUAUUCCCUUGACGUUGGAGUUAUACAGUAGAAGGAAGAAGCCUCGUAAACAGGAUCAGUACGAGGAACUCGAGUCACGAUAUUUGAAACUCCUAGCUGCCACCACGACCGGGCGGUCAAGAGAGGAGCAAACAGCAGUCGUUGCCAAGGUUGCUGGGAAGUAUGGCAAUUUGAACAGUGGAGACGAUUUGCGACACGAAUUGGGGAAAGAGCUGCGGAAGGGAACUCAGAAUCAAAACCGGACAUCACAAGCACAGCCGUCCGAGCUGUCUUCUGGGAGAAUCUAUCAGUCGAUUGGAGAAGGCUCUGCUGGCGGCCGGAUUUCUCGCCCUAUCUCAAAUGACAUAUCGCAGCCUGCGUCAGCAAAGUCAAAGGUCGAAAGUUCAAUGCUGGAGACUCCUCGUCCAAACCUUUCACAUGACCAUGAGAAGUACAUCACGGCAGUGAGCUUCUGCGACACCCUCGGCAACUGGUUUCGAUUCCCUUUUGCCGUUGUGCGCGACUGGGCCGCCAUGCAACGAUGCAUUCUACAGGCUUCCAAAGGCACUGGAGAAGACCAUGAGGCCUUAGUACGGGACGGCAAGUACUCUCUGGUUGACAGCAAUGGUUUUGUGAUACUGCCAGAAUUCUGGUCGGAUAACGUCUGGCCUGGCCUAGUGGUGCAUAUGCAGAUGUGGGUGCAACCGCGCAAGUCCAAGAAAUCGAAGACAGCUUCCAAGAAGCGCUCCAAAAAUCACAAGCGGAAUUCCUCCCCGGAUAACAAGAGGGUGAGCGAGGACUCUCCAACAGGAGACAAAUAUCCAGAAGAUGAAUACAUUCGCGCGGUGAGCUACCAAAGAGACAGAGGAGAACCCCUGCGCCCAUCGCUACGCCGAGCCGCGAGUGCCAACGAGUAUCCACCGAAACCACUGGGAUCGAUACGAGAAGAGCCCCCCUCAAACGAAUCACGCGUUUCCUGGGCCGACUCUACGGUUUCACGUGAGCGUGAGCGAGAGCGCGAGCGAGAGCGUGUGCACAGCGAAUCCGAAUCCAGUCGUUCGCGUUCCCGCUCUCCCCCGAGAACUCGACAUCACUCGUUUCACGGCCCAAUACCCAGACCUUCUGGUCCAACAGAGCCCGUCGAAGCCUUCUACGGGCCCCAUCAAAAUCCUUUUCGGCAUCCCCCACAACCUUAUGUGCAAGACUACGAUAGCGACCUUGACUACAGGUACGACAAUCUGCAUCGCAGCAGCCGGAGAAGCUCGGAUUACCCAGUCGCGGACGGGGGGUACUACAACUCUGAGUACAAUAAGCGGCCACUGAGUCCAGUGCCGCCUCCCCCUCGACGUUCGGAAACGGACAGUGGUUACGGAGGAAGUGUUCGAUAUCCCGGGAGUGCGCCUUCAUCAGCCGUUCCGUCUCCCCACUACACACAGCUCGAAGACCGCAGAGGGAGACGAAGAGAUACAGGUCCGGAUCGCUACGCAGUCGAGAGGGAGGUGAUCGGACGUCGAUAA